AUGGAUCGUGGUGGAUAUUUACCGAGCCGCGAAGCACUACACGACAGGGUGGAAAAUAUUUACAGCUUUGUAAGGAAUCCCUGGACUGGGACGACGUUGUGUUACUGUGACAUUUGUUAUUUAACCUCUUUAAAAGAAAUGGAAGAAAAUCUUCCUCCUGGUUUUCAACUACCCUCCUUUCCUUCUUGGACGGCACCGCAAUCUGUUCAAGCAAACAGUUAUAUAAGUGCACCUUUGGCACCGCGGACUGGGUACGAGCAGCCUUACUGGUAUCGGCCGCGUUAUGAAGGAUGGCAAUACGUCACAAGGGGUUCAAAAGUGACUCAACAGGCGUCUUUUCAUCAAUCAUCUUCAACAUAUCGUUUCACACACCAUCUCUCUACGGGAUGUCACGCCACGGGAUGUCACGCCAUGGAAUGUCACGCUACCGGAAAUCAAUUUACAGACUAUUACUCCGAAGCCACAGAAAAUGCGCAUAGUUUACAGAGUGGAGUAGCAUACGAUCAUAGAGCAUUUCCAAAGAUCGUUUCGGUGCACUCUAUGGGGGAAGAAAGUUACAAUACCCUGCAAAAACCUUCCCAUAUCUGUGGAGAAGAAGGUGGUAACAAACCAAAUUACCCUUUUUGUAAAUCCUCUUUUGUAAUACCAACAUCCUGUAACAUUGAUGCAGAAAGCUCUAAAAAGAUAACUGAUCAUUCCAUAUCGACAAUUCUUGAUCUUCCCUCUACGAGGAAUUCCUCUUCAUCUCCUGUUCAAAGUGAUGCCCUUGUUGGAUCUCCUGCUAAAUCUGACUGUCCUAAGAACGAAACGAAAGUGAGCCUUCCAUCAGAUGAACAUGAUCAAGAUACAGAAGUUAGAUGCGACAUGGCUAGGGAUGGAGAAAUCAAGAUAACGGACAGUGCGAUCAGCUGCCCAAAUUUCGCCGAAGGAUUGUCCAGCCCAGCUCUUCAAAGGCAAAAGAGUAAUUCAACACUGGGAGAGAUAAAAGCUCCGGAGAUGCCCCACGAAUCAACUCUGCAGAAAAGCUCUGUGUGCAUAACUCCGUUAAAGAUCAAGAAAAGUACACUGAGUUUGCAUCGCCUUCGGGAAAUCAACAAAGUUCAGAAACGCCUGAAAGGCGAAUUACGAGAUUGCCAGGAAGCUCGCUUCGUUAAGAAGAUUGAAAUGAGGCGAGAAAAAAUAAAAAUCUUCUCAAGCCGCUCCCUGAAAAGUAAUUGGAGUCCAAGUUCUGAAAGCCCUUUAAAUUCUCCGCCUGACAAGAGGUCUCUUGAAGCACCAUAUGUGGAAAAACCAGAGCGUAACGAAAGCAUCGCCGAUUCAAGGUCAGAUGGGAGGCGCCUCGAAUUAAAUGCGGAUAUUACAGCAGAAAAUUCAUUAGGAGAAACACUCAGCUCCGAAAAGCUUAAAGAAGAAGUGCCAGAAGAUGGUUUCAGGAUGAAUGUGUUCGAGAAAUUGGCUCUCUUGGGUGAGAAAAGGUGUGAAGAUUCAACUUCGAGCAGCUCUUCGCUGGGCGAUAGCAAUUCGCAAAGUGCUGACACUGAAGUCAAGGUUAAAAGAACCCACGAAAGAAGGAAUGAUCAAAUCAUUGGAACUGAAGACGAACUUCACGCUCUUCGAUCUAAUUCUAAACGGUCGGCAGCCUUGGAAAACGACGGAGAAUUAAGUGAAAACAUCAACAUUUUGGUAAAGUCUGAACAAACGAGUUUCACUGACAUUGCAACCGCGGGAACUAUCCCAAACAGUUGGUCAUCUGCUUACAUUUAUGAAAAUGUGGGCAGCAAGAGUAGUACUGAUCUGUUAAAGAGGAAGCAUUGUGGAGAAGUGAAUAUUGAAUCUACCAAAAGGCGCUGUAAGUUUUUGCCGAGGAAAGUAAAUUGGACAGUUGCUGACAGUUUGGACAAAGAACCAUUGCUAAGCCAAAAAAAGGAAGAAAAAGACGAAGAACGACAAGACAUCCCACUCAAGACAGAAGUUUCGUGCGAAGGAGAAAACGUCGAUGCCAUACAAUUUCAGGGGAUUGUAAACAGAAAUGAUAACGCGAACAAGCCACGCCUGUCGUCCAGUCCCUUCUCUCAGUUAUCGAUUGCAAGCGAUGCCAAAGCAUGUUGGGUAUACGAUGAUGAUUUACUUCAGAGGAACCUUGAGUUACGAAAGAGCAAAAUCGGCGACCUUCUGCGUAAACAAGAGGGUCUGUUAGAGAAGCUGGGUUCGACACCUCUCCCGAGAAAGUAACUAAUUCUCGUUCUUUUAGUUGGAACCUCCUUGUUGCUUUGUUCGUGCGUGACAUAUCACAGAACAAGACGUCACGUCCCUGCUAUAUCUGUGGGAUAUAAUGCAUUUUUCGCAGCCGUUGCGUUACUUGUUCACUGCUCUGGAUUUUCGUAACAGUCAUCACCAGUAUACAUAUAUCGUUUUCGCCGACCACAAAAUUGAGUCUUGUGCGCUGAAAAUAUGUUAUUUCCUUACAGAAGUUCAGAUUCAAGCACCAUGCACGAAGUUUCUGCUAACCAGUGGUUAUGAAAAAAUUCUGUUUCCUGCCAUGCAGACUGGUCAGAUCUCCUGUACCGUGAUAAUCUGUCGAUCAGUAAGGAAAAGAAAAUUUGGUUCUUUGUCAGUAUUGGCGAUCUAGGCCAUU